AUGCGUUUCGUCAGCCUUGUCGCUGUCUUCAUCGGCCUCGCAGCUGCUGCGCCUGCACCUGUACCUACAGCCACCCCUACAAAGGACGACAUGAUAGUCGUCUCAACCGUAGUUCCCAGCGCCGAAGAGAAGAAUUCCUCCACUUACUGGUCUGCCGGAAACCACUCAUUCAGCGUCUGCGACAAAUCCUCAUACGUCGCCCGCAAGCCCGCCAAGACCACCAAGCCCGCCGACUUCAACGACUGCGCAGCUCUACUGUCUACAUUUGGAUCCCGCAACGGCACAUUCAGCAUCCCCAGCGCCGCUGAAGACGAGAGCGAGUACGCCCCGGGAGAUGGACACGUCGAUAUCGUCAAGUCUGGCUCGUGCGCCUUUUCCGUGCGCGCCGACAAGGGAGUCAAGGUCGGCGACGACGACGUGGUCUGGAUCGUUAAGAAGGCUGUUCUCGAGAACUCUGCUGGGACGAACAUGGUAGCUCGCGGAUCUGUCAAAUGUGCUACUACUAAGGAUGGUGGUGGGGAGAAGGGAGGUCUUUACUGGCAGGUCCACGGUAUUGGUUCGACGGGUUACUAG